UCCCUCCCAUAGGUUCCGAGGGGAAACGGCGUUCCGAGCAUUUGAAAUAAACAAUCUGAUGUUACUAAUCAUGAUAGAAGAAUCGGACCUCAGUCAAGAAGAAGUGUAACAUCUAUGCUCGGUUGUGAGGAGUAGCGAGACGCGGGACUUAAAUGCGCUCUGGCAAUUUAGUAAAGGGAGCGCGGAACUCCCCAGCGCAUCAGCCGAACUGAAGCAGCGGCACUCGGGCACAUCGUGUUGCGCAGACGCCUCACAUCCUCCCCAGGAUCAAGCACUCAACACAAUGUUGUUUUUUAGACGGUCCGGACUGAAGGAUCGACGGGCUGACCCUCAGACGGAGGGUGGGCUGUUAGGGCUCUGGGAUCAUUCUUUAGUUUAAUUCGGAAAUUUUUACUCGGAGAACAACGGGAGGAGAUAUGCUGAAAGAGUUUAUUAGUACCUGGAUGGGACGAAGCUUAUUAUAUAAGGUAAGUGGAUCAAAAUGCAACUUCUGAGGGACACUGUGCCUUUCAGGGAGCGUCCAGCUGUGCUGGGAAAGGAGGUCUUCAUCCAUGAACCCUCCAUACUUGCUACCUACACACUUUGAAAUCGUCCCUCCCUGAACUGAAGGGUGACAAUGUGAUGAGCUUUGAUAUCAUUUCCAGCCAAAGCAUGGAUGGAGGGAUGAAAAGGAGUUGCACGAGUUAAUGAGACUAUUGCUCUUGUGUUGGGGAGCUUAGGACAGGCAAUUACUGGAGGAUUACUUGCUGACUUCAACACAGCAUAUACUCUCCACAAAGCAACCUUGAAGAUCCAUAAAGAACUCCAGCGUGGUGGAUUUUAUUUGUUUUUCUACCCUUUUUUAAUUACUUGCUGUGCUGUUGUCCAAAGUGUUACAAAAUGGAGGUACAGAUCCGAAUAUGGAAUAAAGACUUUCCUACGCUGAUCAGCCCGUGGAUACCAAUACUGCUAGGCCUUCACUUGCAUUUCUCACGGGCCACGAGCUGUCCGGAGGAGUGUCGAUGCGACAGGACCUUUGUUUACUGCAACGAGAGGAGUCUAACGUCCGUGCCUCUGGGGCUAGGAGAGGGUUAUAAGACCCUUUACCUCCACAACAAUCAAAUCAACAAUGCUGGAUUUCCCCUGGAAAUGCACAACGUUGCCUCAGUGGAGACGGUGUAUCUCUAUGGCAACCAGCUUGACGAAUUCCCCAUUAAUCUGCCCAAAAACGUGCGGGUGCUCCACCUGCAGGAGAAUAACAUUCAGACGGUGUCCCGGGCUGCCCUCGCACAGCUGCUUCGCCUGGAGGAGCUUCAUCUGGAUGACAACUCCAUCUCCACCGUGGGUGUUGAGGACGGGGCCUUCAGGGAGGCCGUCAGCCUCAAAACCCUUUUCCUCACCAAGAACCACCUGAGCAGCGUACCUAUCGGGCUCCCAGAGGAACUACGAGAGUUGCGGCUGGACGAGAACCGUAUUGCGCUCAUAGCUGAGGACGCCUUCGAGAACGUGACGGGCCUGGAGGUCCUCCUCCUCGACGGCAACCUGCUCACAGACGAGGGCAUCGACCCGGGGGCUUUCCAAAGCUUGGCUAAUCUUCAAACCCUGUCGAUGGCACGUAACUCGCUCUUGUUUCCUCCCCCUAAUCUACCCACUGAGUUUUUAGUCAAGCUGAACUUGCAGGAUAAUCAAAUGAAUGAGAUUCCUUUGGAGGCCUUUCGCGGCCUGCACCGCUUGGAGAGAUUGGAUAUUUCCAACAACCAGCUGCAGUCUCUCACACAGGGCGUCUUUGACGGCCUCCGCGGCCUGAGACAGCUCACUGUUCGAAACAACCUUUGGCUCUGUGACUGCAGCAUUAAAUGGGUCAUACUGUGGUUAAAAUCGCUGCCAGCCAGCCUCAAUGUCCGCGGAUUCAUGUGCCAGAAACCAGAGAGAGUACGUGGCAUGGUAAUCAGAGAGCUGACCCUGGAGCUCAUCCAGUGUCCUAACAGCACAGCCACAAUCCCACGAUUCACACAACAGCCCACGCUGCUCUUCUCCUCCACCGCUGAGUCAGCCACUCAAACGGCCUUCACUCCCCCACGCUCCCUGCCCACACCCACCCUUCCACCUUUUGCACUUCCCCUACCCACCGCGGGUGAGGAUCGGAGCACAAUCGUCCCCGACAGCCCGGGGCAGGAAUCGCUGCGGGUCUCUUUCAUCGUGCUAAACGCUUCGUGCAUUAAGGUAAGCUGGGUAUCGACGUUUACGGUCACGGCUUAUAAGGUUACCUGGGUCAAGCUGGGUCACAGUUUGAUCGCCGGCCCCAUGCAGGAGACGAUGGUGGUGGGCGAACAUGAGGGAAUCUUGCUGCAAAACCUGGAGCCCAAAUCCUCCUACCGCAUUUGCGUGGAUCCGCUAGAGGCUUUCAACAAUUACCACCCGGGAGAUGAUACAAUUUGCUCAGAGGUGACGACAAAAUCUGCUUCUUUUAAUUCGGAUGACAACUCCACUGGGCCCGAGCAGGCUAGCCAACAGGACCCCAGCUCCUCUCUCCUACUGGCUGGCCUGAUUGGUGGGGCGGUGCUAGUGGUUCUGGUUGUAAUGUUAAGCAUAUUUUGCUGGCACAUGCACAAAAAGGGAAGGUCAGACUCGUCCAAAUGGAAAUACAGCAGAGGCAGAAGAAAAGACGAUUAUUGCGAAGCAGGGACGAAAAAGGAUAACUCCAUUCUGGAGAUGACCGAGACUACCUUUCAGAUAGUUUCUUUAAAUAAUGAACAGCUUCUUAAGGGGGACUUUCAUAUUCAACCCAUAUACACACCCAACGGCGGUGUCGGAUUCAGAGACUCCCAAAGCAGAAAGAAUAGCACAGCAUACUGUAAGAACAGCGUUCCAGAGUCGGAUCCAUGCCAUAAAUGAUGCUUUUCGACAGAUGACAUCCUUUAUAUUUAGAUCAGACAUGAACACACUGUAUAGGAUAUAUUUCAAAAGACUGUACAAUAUGUAAUUUAUAUUCUGACCAAUGAUAUCGCCUUCUUUUUUUAUAUAACUUAGUAAAACACAAAAUGAUUUGUAAAGUA